AAACAAGGGACCGGUCUCUCUGGGUGACCAAAAUGUGACUAAGUACAACCUGUGAUUGGAUCUCGCAAGAUAAACAAACGGAGGUGGCUUUUAUAAAUAUCGGAUGAUAUUAAGUUGUUCUUUCCGUAGCUUUGUGUACCAAACUGUGUCAUCAGAUUAGUUCUUGAAAAAUAUAAGUGACAUUGAUCGUACUUGUAGUGUAACGAAAAAUGUAAAAUUUAUGACGGACUCUGUUGAGACUUUUGUCUGAAAGUGUUAUUCAAGUUUCGUGUGUUUACAAAACGUUCGAUUUAUUGAAUUUUUGAAUAAGAGAAUAACGUCAACUGAAUAAAUUUAAAGAAUUAUACAAGCGCAAUAUCUUAAAACCAUGCCGAAGUUAAUUUGAUUGGAAAGAGAGCUACAUGUAUUUAUUUUCCUAAAGUCAAACGAAAUUUAAAGGACAAUAUCGCAUAAACAAAGAAAGAAGGGCUGCGGUGAGUGUCAUUUAAAAAAAAAAUACUCAAAAUUGAAACGAUAUGUUUACAGACAAAAUUUCUCGUUUUUUGCUUGUAACGGUCGCUGUGGUAACAUUACGCGAGGUCAAAGGUCACGGGUAUAUGUAUGAUCCCCCGCAAAGGUCCUCUGCGUGGAGGUUGGGCUUCAACACGCCCGUCAACUACCAGGAUAACGAACUGUUCUGUGGUGGAGCGUCCGUUCAAUGGAACAAGAAUGGUGGAAACUGUGGUGUGUGUGGCGAUAACUAUGCUGACGUCAUCAAAGAGAACGAGGAUAUUGGCGGGAAGUACGUCACGGGUACUAUAGUUCGCAGUUACGUCAUGGGUAGCAAGAUUGACGUCACAAUCAAACUGACAGCCAAUCACAGAGGAUGGUGGGAAUUCAGAUUGUGUCCCCUCCGAAAUAGCAACACUGCCGUCACCAUGGAGUGUCUGGAUCAGCACGUGCUUGUCAUCGAAGACGAAAGCACGCGCUAUGACCUCGUGAAGAACUACGUGAAUGGUGCUGGCAGCUUCCACGUGAAAUUACAACUUCCGGAUGACGUGACGUGUGAAAAUUGCGUCCUGCACUGGAAAUAUCAGGCCGGAAACAACUGGGGGUGUGACGAAACAGGAUGUUGCGUCGGUUGUGGCGAUGCGCAAGAAAACUUCUGGAACUGCGCAGACAUUCGUAUCUAUGACGACACGACCGGAACUGACGUCACUUCAGAAACAACAACUUCUCAAACAACAACUCAGAAAGCCACGACUCAACAUACUGACCAACCAACAACCAAAACAGCUGAACCAACUUCUACGGAAACACUUCAGACAACUACAACAACGAAACGAACUACAACUGAUCAAUUAACAACAACAGCACCGGAUUCUACAACUAAACGUCAAACCACUUCUGAGAAGUCUAUAACUACGACUACGGAGGAAUCCGGAAGCACCAAAUGCAGAGCAACUUCGGCUUGGUCGAGCGCAAGCAUGGACCAGUGGUGCGAAACAAACUGCGCGGCCGGAUAUUGCCCGGCUAGUCACUGCACAUGCACGGGAAAGGAAACGGCGUGCACGUGCAAAGCAGUUUGGCCCUACUCCGCGAACCCUUCAAUGAAAGACUGGUGUUGCAAAAAUUGCGCUCUUGGAAACUGCCCCUCUUCACAUUGUGCAUGUUAAUAUACAAAAAAUCGCUACAAGAAGAAAAGGGUCAUUGCGAUCAAUUAAUAUUUUAAAUUUAGUUUUUUUUUAAAUUUAUAUUCUGUGUGUGUUUUAUAAAAAAAGAAUAAAAAAAAUGUCAAUUUGAGGUACCCGUGAUUUUUAAAGCAUGACAUCCUAUUGGUGUCCCUACUUUAUAUUUAAAGUCACAUCUUACGUCCUUGACUACAAUACGUAUUUCUGCUUGUUGCGUUUUGUUAAAGGCGACUUGGACCUAUUACGCAUUCCCUAAUGUGAUAAUUUAUUAGUGUUGAUUGAACUUUGUUCUUUGAAACUAUCCAUUUUCAUGCUCAACAAACUGUGUUUUAUAUGCAUAUGGCCAUGCCAAAUUGAUUUUGUGUUUAGCGUCGUCAGGUUGGUAGUCUUAUACUUUUAUAUCGAAAAUCAAACACAAAACAACAUAAACAUACUACGUUUUAGGUUAGGACAAACAUAAUAAAAUGAUUAAAAUAACAUGCAACUAUUGAUAAAUAGUGAAUAAAUGAUAUUCAUUUUA